AUGACGCUCCAGGCAUCCAGUCACACUCGUUUGUCUCUCCCACAAUCGCCACAGCCGCAAUCGCAACAGCAGCAGCAGCAGCGGCAGCAGCAGCAGCAGCAGCAGACGCAGCAGCAGCGGCAGACGCAGCAGCAGACACAGCAGCAGCAGCAGCAACAGCAGCAGCAGCAGCAGCAGCAGCAACAGCAGCAACGGCAGCAGCAGCAGCAGCUACGCGCAGAGGAUACAGCGGAGGCACAGCCCGCGCACCUCACGCUGCGCUCGCCGUUCCUUCCGUCCGCGUCCGCUCCCGCCGUCGCCCAUCGGCCGCACCGUGUGUGCGACGCGUGUUCAUGCCAGCCCGCGGUGCUCUACUGCGCCGCGGACGACGCGUACGUCUGCGAGCCCUGCGACGUCUUCGUGCACUCCGCCAAUCCGCUCUCGCAGCGCCAUGAGCGCGUGCGCUUGGGCCCCAACGGCGCGCCGCUUAAGAUAGAUCGCAGAGGCGCGGGGUUGUCUUCCGAUGCGGCCGGCAGUCUUCCGCGCGCCGUUGCGGGGAGAGUGCUGCGCGGAGAGUUGGCGCAGAGCCUGCUUCCGCGCGCAGACGAGUCUGGAGUUCGGGGCGCGGCGGCGACGUGCAGUGACGCGGAGGAGGGUGUGGCGGGGAGCGUGGCGGGGCCGACGGCGGGCGCGAUCGGCGCGGAGAGCGCGCAGAGCGGACUGCCCUCCAGCAUGUCCGGCACGAGCUCGUCGUCGCACCCGCCCGACCCCCGCUGCCCCUCCCGCGCGCACCGCCCGCCCGACACCAACUGCACAGCUCAAGGCGGGGUUGCUGUCGCGCGCGCGGGUGACGCGAGGAGGGGAGCAGGUAGAGGGGGGAGAGCGGCGGAUGAGGUGGACGUUGCAGGGGGGAGCGCGGGGGGCAGGCUGCAAGGGGCGAGUGCAGGCGGGGUGGCGUGCAGCGUGUUGCGGUGGAAGGUGCGGGAGGGCGCCGCCGCCAUGCAUGCGCCGCAGGACCACCACCCGCAGCAGCAGCAGUCCACGCCGCAGAGCAGACCGGCCGCGUCACCUGCACCUGCGCAUGACGCAGCGCCCAAGGCAACAGCUGGCUCUGUGCGCCUAUCACCAGCGUCCACGUGGUCGUUUGCCCCCUCUCCACGUCACACCAACGAGUCCCUGCAGGGUGCCUCGCCGUGGGCCAAGGCCGCAGCCGGCGCGGCGCAUUCCCCCCUCUCCGCGCCCGCGGGGUUGUGCGCCAAAUCACAUCUGCUGCGCGCGCCCGCGAGCCCGUUCACUCCCCCCAGCCCCUAUGCAGGCUGCCUGCUCUCGCUGCCCGGCGCGCCAGGCGGGAAGGCGCACGCGCCUCGAUCUCUCCAGUCGCCCCGCACUGCUCCUCCUGCACCCGCAUCCGCACCCGCACCCGCUCCCGCACCCGCUCCCGCACCCGCAUCCGCAUCCGCGGCCGGCGGACGGGGCGUGGAAGCACGCGACGGGCGAGACACGGCGAGGGGUGCCGUGCGGGCGGGAGGAGAGGCGAGGGGAGCGGAGGAGGUGCAGGGGGGCGGGGGGAGGGAGGAGAGGGAAGGAGGCGCGGAGAUAGCGGCGGGAUGGAUGGACGAGCGGGUGGCGCAGGUGUGCGGGGAGGAGGAGGCGGGGGAGGCGGGGCGACUGGGCAGCAGCAGCGGGUUCGAGGAGUUCGAGGACAUGAUGAGCGGCAUGGGGGGCGCGGAGGGCGCGGCGGGCAUGGCGGGCAUGGCGGGGCUGGACGACAUCGACGAGGACGACCAGUUCGCGCGCGACCUCGCGCUCUGCAUGACCCCGCGCGCGGCCCCGCCGCCCUCCGCCACACCUCCCGCCGCUUGCCCCCCGUCGUCCCCUCUCCUGGCGAGGCUGCAAACUGCAUCUGCGGCGCAGCAGGCCCAUCCCAACCAUGCCAGCUACUUCACCCCCCCGUCUGCCACUUCAGCCGCCGCUGCCUCUGGCGCUGGCGCUUCCCCAUGCGGCGAGUCCCCCCACGCGUCAGUGGCGGCGGCAGCGGUGCAGCCCGCGGCGGCGGUCCAUGCGUCGCGCACCCACGCGCUGCCCCCUGACGGCCCCGGGCUGCCCGCGCGCCCCGCGAAGCGACAGCACCUGCGGGGACUGGGGUUUGGUUGGGCAGCAGGUUUGGUUGCAGGCUCAGGUGCAGGUAUGAGUGUAGGUGCACAGGGAGGGGAGGGAGCUGGGAGUGCAGCGGGAGCGACAGGCGGGGUGAGAAGCACAGCAGAGGGGGGAGGGCUGGCCAGUAUUGCGGAAGGCGGGGGGGCGGGCGUGGAGGCGGGAGGAGGAGGUGGGGUGAAGCGUGAGGCAUGGGUGGGCAUGGGUCCAGUGGCAGCACGACAGGGCGUGCAGGGCGUGGGGAUGGCGGGCAUGCGUGGGCACGCACAGCAGCACAUGCACCUUCCCAUGCACCCCCAGGGCCUGUCACCCUGCGCAUCGCUGGACCGCUGCAACCCUGCGUCCCCCACCGCCGCUGCUGCGAGCAUGUCCGUCAGCCACGCCCCUGCCAGCAGCUUCCUCAGCUCCUCCGCUGCUGCUGCUGGCAGCGCCGUGGCAUCCGCAGCAGCGCUGUCAGAUUCCGCCAUGGACGCGCGCGCCCCCGCCUCUGCCUCCGCCUCCGCGUCCGCCACCCACUCACACUCCCACUCGCUCUCGCUCUCCGAUGGCCAGCAGCACCACCAGGGGCACGCGCAACCCCUGCAGCAGCGCACGGCAGCAGGGGGUGGGAGCCCGGCGGAGAGAGCUGCAGAGCGGUGGGAGGGCAGUGAGGGCAGGAGGGCGCGGGAGUGGAAUGGGAAGGUGGGUGCGUGCGGGGGUGAAGCCAGGGGGCGGUCAUCAGGGGAGGCGGAGGGGGGCGUGGAGGAGGCGGAGGAGGUGGUGAUGGAGGAGGGCGCCGUGGAGGCUCAGCUCAAGGGCGUCGCCUCGCACCUCACCCUGCUCGCCGCACACCCUCACUGCCCUCCCGCACACCAACCCCAGGGGGAGAACGUGCGGGGCAGCAAGGAGGGUGCGGACAGGCGUGCAGCAGCGAUGCGAGGCGUGCUGGGUAGUUUGGGGGAGAGGGGUGCGGGCGGGCGGUGGUGUCCGGCGCUGCACCUCAACUAUGCUGACAUCAUCACUGCCUGGUCGCAUAACGGCCUCCAGGCAUCGCCCUGGCUGGACGACACCCCCCCCUCGCUCGCCCUCCACGCGCAGCCCUCUGUGUGCUCCGACCCCCAGCCACUGCAGGCGGCCAUGACCCCACACUCGGUGAUCAGCACGGGGCGAGAGGAGGGACCGGAGGGCGAGGUGGGCGAGUCGGGGGUGAGUCGUGUGGCGUCGGUGCCGCACGGGCUGGACCGCGUGUGCAGCGACCUGCUGCUCGAGGACGGGCACCUGGACGGGCACAUUGACGGGCAGGUGGAGGGGCAGGUGGAGGGGUACGUGGAGGGGCGGGAGGCGCGGGUGCUGCGGUACCGGGAGAAGCGGCGCAACCGGCUCUUCUCCAAGACCAUCCGCUACCAAGUGCGCAAAGUCAACGCCGACCGCCGCCCGCGCGUCAAGGUGUGCUCUUGGGGGAGGAGAUGGGAUUUGAAGGCUGUUGCGGUUUUCUUUCAUGGCUUCUGCGGGGCGGGUGUGGGGGUGGCGGCGCUGGUGGCGUGUGUCAUGGCCAGCACGCUCGCGCUCGACCUGCCCUCGCUGCAGGCGCUGGCAGCGAGCGCGGACAAGGCUGAGCGCAGAAAGGCGAGGGCGGUGCUGCGGGUGAGGCGCCAUGGCAACCUGCUGCUGGCGGCGCUGCUGCUCGCCAGCUGCCUCGCCUCCACCGUCGCUGCCGCUGCCUUCACCGAGGUGUUGGGCGUGUGGUGGGGGUGGCUGUGCGCCUUCUCGCUGCUCUUCCUCGCCGUUGAGCUCCUGCCGCCCGCCCUCUGCACCAACCGGAGUCUGCAGGUGGCGGGGGCGACGGCGUGGGUGGGGGGCGUGGCGGUGGUGGCGCUGUUCCCCCUGGCGUGGCCCGUGGGGCUGCUGCUCGACUGCCUCGUCUCGCGCUCCGCCCUCUCCCCCGCUCACGAUGACGGCCCCGUGAAGUGCCGCUUGGCGCCCGACCCUCUGCAACAGGGGGAGCAGGAGCAGGAGCAGGAGGGUGAGGGUGAUGCAUGCAAGCCGUUCGCUGCACGUGCUGGCAAAGGGGGUUGCGAGGAGGAGUGGAGUGAUGAGGAGGAGUGGGGCGGGGGGAAGGAAUGGAAAACAAGAGAGGAGGAAGGGGAGGUAGGAGAGGGAGGGUGGGAGGAGGAAGAGAGGGAUGGAGGCGGCGACAAGGAGGCGUGCAGGCGUGGGGCGCGGGGACCCGAGGGGGGUGGGCAGCAAGGGGAGGGCGGGGUAGCAUUGUACGGUGGGAGCGUGAUGGAGAGUGGGGGGGGCGAGGGGAGCAGCGAGGGUGCAGCGGUGCAGAUGGCGGUGCUGCCCUCGUCCUCGCAUGCUGCAAUGCCGCCACCACCUCCCCUCUCUCACGCCCAUGCCACCCAGCACGCUGCCUCCUCCUACCCCACCCUUGCCUCCAACCCCCUCCCCCCCACAUGCCGCACCCCCCCUGCUGGCUCUCCCCAUGCGCCGCAGUCGCCCCCAGCGCCUCCCCCGUGGUUCCUGCAAUCGUGGGAGCAUGCGGCCGUAUGGGCACGCCUUGCCGCCGUGCCUCCCACGCCUGCCGCCCCCACCUCACACCCACACCCCGCUGAUGCUGCCCGUGCGCUUGACCCACCUGACUCGAGCGUGCGGGCAGGGAGUGGGGGGGGGAGAGCGCACGUUGCAGCAGUCAGAGAUUACCACGCCACCCCGUCUGCCGCCCCUUCCACCGCCCCCCCAGCUGCCACCCUGCCAGGUGGCGUGCCGCCUCUCCCCCUGUCCUCCUCCACUCCCCUGUGGCGCCACCGACCCCCCCUGCCUGCUGCUGCUGCCUCUUCUUCCGGGCAACCCAUGCCCCCCACUGACUCUAGUGCAUCGGCUGAUGCCCUCCGCCCCCCUCACUGA